AUGUCUUUGACGUUUCUAAAUACGACAGGUGCCCCCAGUCUCAGCUUAUCCAACGCGAGAGAAGCUCGAGCCCACGUCACAAAGGUCAAUUUCAAACAGCGGCGACAGAGGCUCGCUAUCGAAAGACUGAAGAGACGUAAAGGAUAUACCACCACGGCCCAAGAACGAGCUGGCUCUAUCAAGGACGUAUGCGUGGCGUUACCGGAGCCAAAAAUUUCUCCACAAGUCUUUUGCCUCCCGGCAGACCCUGAUCAUUCGAUCCGAUUCUUGCUCCAUGAAUUCCGCCCACUAGUUUUCCCGGCACAAACAGGGGCUAACAGUUCUCCUUCUGAAUUUGAAUGGAUUACCUUGCUUCGCUCCGAGCCGGCACUCGUAGAAGCUUGCAUGUACGUUGCACUCGAGCAUUGGCCUAGCGGAGCAUGUUGGACACAAAAACGGCAGGCCUGUGUCCAUUUAGGCAAGGCUUUGGCCAUGGUCAAUUCACGUUUAAGCAGUGGUCAGGGCCUCUCAGAUGGAGUAAUCGGAGCUGUAUUCGUCUUGACCUUCGGUGAACGUCUAUCAAAGAAUGAAGCUACUUUGGAGAUACAUCUCAAUGGCUUAUCACAAAUGAUCAAUCAACGAAGAGAAAAGGGUCUAUACCAAAUUCCUUCUUGGUUUUUGGAUCUGCUACUCUAUGACUCCGUUCAGGAAGUCAUCCCCUCGAAGCCCGUCCGCAAAGAACGCAUUGUUGCAGCUCUACGAAAGAAAGAUGCUCGAACAUUAGGAGCCAUUUCUCACGUCUCACACCAGUUACACCAGAUUCGACAGAAUAUCGAAGACUUUGUUUCAUCUCCUUCUUCGUCUACAUCAGCCACCAAAAAUAUUGAGGCAGCUAUUUCCAACGUCCAAGAGGAACUCAGACCUCUCCUCAACAGCAGCAUCGCUUACAUCGCCUCGGUAUCCAGAGCAAUCAGUUUAUUCUUACAAUUAUCAUGGCCAUCAACCGGAUACGUGGAUCAUGCAUCUUGCGCAAAAAGAUUACAGGAUGCUUUAAGCGAGCCCCGAGUAACACUCUGUGGGUCAACAAGCUUGACCGUCUGGCAAUAUUUUGUCGGUGGGGUGGCCGCAGCUUCACAGCCAAGUCUUAGAAGCUGGUACGUUGAUAAAUUAGCAAAUAUAUUUCGAGCCAUGCAUAUUCGAGAUUGGGAAGCUUGCUAUCAAGUCAUAGAAGGGGCAUUUAUUCCUGAUUCGAUUCUGUUAAGGCAAUUCAAGGGCCUAUGGGAGGAAAUCCGACAAUUGAUAGCUUCGUAG